CCCCGCACCACUCGAGUGUUCCUCCUCCUCCUCCUCCCUUCCUGGCUCCUCCCUCCCCUCUCCCCCUCCCGCUGCCGCGCGCCCGCCAGCGCUGCUAUAUAACCCGCGCGUCGAGUCUCUUCCCGGCAACCUCGUCAAUCCAAUCACCCACCCAACCAACCACCUCUGCACGCGCAGCCCAGAUCUCGGCCCCUUCCCUUCCUCGGACCAAGCACCAGCAAUGGCCACCACGGCAGCCGACGCCACGGCCGCGGCGCCCAAGGACCAGCCCGCCAACGGUUCCGAGCAGGUCACGCGCCACUCCGAGGUCGGCCACAAGAGCCUGCUCCAGAGCGACGCCCUCUACCAGUACAUCCUGGAGACGAGCGUGUACCCGCGCGAGCACGAGUGCAUGAAGGAGCUCCGCGAGAUCACCGCCAACCACCCAUGGAACCUGAUGACGACGUCGGCGGACGAGGGCCAGUUCCUCAACAUGCUGCUCAAGCUCAUCGGCGCCAAGAAGACCAUGGAGAUCGGCGUCUACACCGGCUACUCCCUCCUCGCCACCGCGCUCGCCAUCCCCGACGACGGCACCGUAAGCUCCCUCACUUCUCCGCUCCCAGAUCCACCGCUCCCAAUUCACCAAGAAACUGAAACCGGAAUGAAACAGAUCUUGGCCAUGGACAUCAACCGCGAGAACUACGAGCUGGGGCUGCCGUGCAUCGAGAAGGCCGGCGUGGCGCACAAGAUCGACUUCCGCGAGGGCCCGGCGCUGCCGGUGCUGGACGCGCUGCUGGAGGACGAGGCCAACCACGGCACCUUCGACUUCGUCUUCGUGGACGCCGACAAGGACAACUACCUCAACUACCACGAGCGCCUCAUGAAGCUCGUCAAGCUCGGCGGCCUCCUCGGCUACGACAACACGCUCUGGAACGGCUCCGUCGUGCUCCCCGCCGACGCCCCCAUGCGCAAGUACAUCCGCUACUACCGCGACUUCGUCCUCGACCUCAACAAGGCCCUCGCCGCCGACCAGCGCGUCGAGAUCUGCCAGCUCCCCGUCGGCGACGGCAUCACCCUCUGCCGCCGCGCCAAGUGAACCACAGAACCCGUCUCCGCCGCUCCGCCAUAGACGCCAAGAACAAGAAUUAAUUAAUUACUCCCCAUUUUGUCUUUCCUGCUCGCCUUCUGUACUCUAUAUCUAUCUUCUGCAAUUCGUAUAAAGAUUUCUCCAGACAAA